AUGAAGUUCCUUGAUUCGGUAUUCAACGCUUUCCUCUCGAGGGAACAGCGCGAGCGCGUCUCCCAGAACAAGUGGGACAAGUCGAUCGCCGCCGCCGCCGCCGAGCUCUGCCUCGAGAGCAACUCCAAGAAGUCGAUCAUCUCGACUCCUCGAUACGCUCCCGCGCUCAUCACCGACAUUCCUACCUCGCAGCCCAUGACUCCGAGUCUGUCGUCCUCCUCCUCCACUACCACUGCGUCGAGCACCAGCUCGCCCACCCGAUCGCGACCUUCGACCUCGUACUCGACCUCGCCUCGUCCCGAGUUCCGCCGCCACACAUCAAUCACCCGCCAGCCCAUCAACUACGACAACCUGAUGACCGCUACCCCGGCGCCCAAGAAGGCUUCGCGCCGCGCCAGCAACGAGGCGGCUCCCUCGAGCCACCAGCUGCUCUACCCUCUCCCACCUCUGGGACCCAUGGAGGGCAUCGGCAAGUACAGGCGCUCGGUCGACGUCACCGACGAGUACCUUUCCAUGCUCCAGCGCAACACCCUGGCCGCGCUGCAGCCUCUCAUCGCCGAGGACGACCGUGUCUCGCGCUUCAAGCGUGACACCACCACUCCUCCUCGCGCUUACAGUGUGUCGCCACCCAUGGAGCGACAGCUGGCCAUGCAGCGGGAUCUCGAGAAGUGGGCUGGAGAGCUCGAGGAGGCCGGCAUCGCCCACCCCAUCCUCGAGGAUCGCCCGGUACGCGUGGCCUCCAAGCGGAGGGCGCACGCAGGAAGCAGGGAGCGCAGCAAGGGAGGAGCCAAGAGGGCCUCCGGACAGAGGCAAGGACCUCAGGCACAGGGAGGUAUCAGCCGUGGAGUCAAGGGAAAGCAGGGUGGAUACAAGUCUCGCGCCAAGAAGGAGAUGGAGAUGAGCGCCAGCAUGGAAACUCUCGUCUCUGGCGAGGAGUAA